UCCAAUUUCUUUCCCCAAAAAAAACCAUCUUUUUUUGUUUCUUCAAUAAUGGGUUUGGUCUCUAUUAUCUUUUCCAUUAUUUUCUUCACAUGGGGCUCCAAAAUUGAAGCCAAGGUCCCCGCCAUUAUUGUCUUUGGAGACUCCUCUGUGGAUUCCGGCAAUAACAAUGCCAUUAAGACACUGUUGAAAAGUAAUUUCAAGCCUUAUGGACGUGACUUUUACGGCGGACAACCCACCGGAAGAUUCUCCAACGGCCGUGUUCCGCCGGAUUUCAUUUCUGAAGCUUUUGGUUUGAAACCAACCAUUCCCGCUUACUUGGAUCCUGCUUUUACCAUCGCCGAUUUCGCCACCGGUGUCUGCUUCGCCUCCGCCGGAACUGGCUUCGAUAAUGCCACCUCCGACGUCUUAAACGUGAUACCAUUGUGGAGAGAAGUGGAGCUAUACAAGGAGUAUCAAGCCAAAUUAAGAGGCUAUCUUGGGAAUGAGAAGGCAAAUGAAGUGAUAAAAGAAGCAUUAUAUUUGGUAAGUUUAGGAACAAACGACUUCUUAGAAAAUUACUACACAAUUCCUCGCCGGAGACUCCAAUUUAGCGUUCAACAGUAUGAGGAUUUCCUUUUGCAACUCGCCGGAAAGUUCAUCGGAGAAAUUUACAGCCUUGGAGUUAGAAAAAUAUCAAUUUCAGGGCUGCCUCCAAUGGGGUGUUUGCCACUUGAAAGAGCAACAAAUGUUAUGAGUAAUUUCGAGUGCGUUGAGAAAUUCAACCUGGUGGCUUUGGAAUUCAACGCCAAGUUGGAGGGAUUUGUUUGGGCUUUGAAUAGGCAGCUCCCUGGUCUUACAAUGCUCUUCUCAAAUCCUUACGCCAUUUUUUAUCAAAUCAUCACCCAACCUUACUUAUAUGGGUUUGAGGUGGCUGGAAAGGCAUGCUGUGGAACAGGGACAUUUGAGAUGAGCUAUUUGUGCAGCCAAGAAAACUCAUUGACUUGCAGUGAUGCAACCAAAUAUGUAUUUUGGGAUGCCUUUCAUCCCACAGAGAAGACCAAUCAGAUUAUAGUCAACGAUUUGCUCCAAACUCUUCUUCCCACGUUUCGUUGACUUAACACGACAUUGAAAUACUUCGAUUGAGUAUACUAAAUGUUGUUUUUUUUUUAUCAUUUUUAAUUCCUAUCGAGAAUAUCUAACAUUAUUCAUGAUUAAUUUAUCGUUGUUUUUUUAAUUAUGAAUCUACGAUAUUUCUGUACGA